CCCAGACUGAGGCGUGUGCUGCGCACGGUCGCCGGCACACUGUCCUCCCUUCCCCCCUGGCCCACCUCGCAUUCCGUCUCUUCCCCCCCCCCCCUGCCUCCCCGCUCCCUCAUCCCCGUGAGCCACAUGUCUCCCUCCGCUGUGGCAUCUCCCGACCGGGUGACGGUCUCCCGCCUGCGCCCGGAUGGCCCGGUCCUUUGCAUGGCCAAUCCCUGGGACCAAGCGGCCAUUGGAUCCCUCCUUCGGGUGUCCUUCGCGCUGGAUGUGGACCUCCGGCCGCUGCACGGGGCCCCGGGGCACCUGCUGGACGACCACUCGCUGGCUCGGAGCGUGGAUUACUCCGCGGCGUCGGAGCAAGUGCGCGCGCACCUGCGCACCGAGUCUUUCGGAUCGCCGAUUGAGCUGGCCAUUGGCGUGGCGGAGCUCCUACUUGGAGCCCAUGGGCGCAUUGUCGGGGGGCCUGCUUCGCGUGCGGAAGUCACGCUGCAUGUCGAGCGUCCGUUCCUCCUGGCCGAUAUGCUGGAAGUCCGCUGUGUGAUGGCCCUCCCUGCGGAUGGUGGCCCGGCGGUCGUGCAGUCCCUUUCGGCUCGGGUGUGCGACGUGCGCGUGGCGGCUGUGAUCGGCCUCCGCGAGUAUGAGCGCCAUGCGCCCCAGCCGAUCCUGCUCAGCUUUGACCUGCACCUGGCCCCGGUGGCUGGGGGGUCGGCGUGCGGCGGGGCCUCGGCCGAUGUUUCGCGGCUGGGGGAUCUCUGUGCCGCGGCGGUGGCCACCAUGGCUGCCAGCUCCUUCGGCACGCUGGAGGCCCUGGUCACCGUGGUCAUCGGGCAGCUGGAGGAGCGCAUCCGGGCCACCUCUGGCCGGGUGUCCCUCGGCCAGUCGGCUCCCCUGCAGGCCGAGACCCUGACCGUGGACAUUGGCAAGCCCAUCGCCCUGCCGGCGGCUGAUUGCGCAGCCGUGUCGGCCACUCGACGCCUGGACCGUCCGGCGCGCUCUCUGGGCGCCGCGCUUUCCGACGCCAGCCCGGCUCCUUCCGAGGAGGUGGUCUGCUUUUUGGCCAUCGGUGGGAAUAUCGGCGACCGGUCGCAAUUUCUCUUCGAGGCCGUGCGUGCCCUGCGGCGCAUCGAUGGUGUUCGCCUGCUGGACACCUCCUUCUUGUAUGAGACGCCCCCGGCCUAUGUGACCGAUCAGCCGGCCUUCCUGAAUGCCGCUCUCAAGAUCGCCACAACUCUCACGCCGCGGGCGCUGCUACGCGCUUGCAAGGCCAUCGAGGUGGCCCUCGGCCGGCCGGCUCCCUGCGGCAGCAUUGUGGCCGCCGAGUCGCCGGUGGAAAUUGACGUGGCCAUCGACCGGGGCGCCCUUGAUGGCUUGGUGUAUGUCCGGAAUGGCCCACGCCCGAUCGAUCUGGACAUCCUCUUUUACGGCGACGCCACGGUCCGCCUGGAAGCCGAGGCCCUUUCCAAGGGAGCACCCCCCGGACCGGCGGCCGAUGAUGCCCUUGCCCGGGCGUCGGCCCUCGGCGGAGGGUUCCUCACCAUUCCACACGCUGGCAUUCCGGAGCGCGAGUUUGUUCUCCGGCCUCUGAUGGACAUCGCCCCGGAUUUCGUGCACCCAGUCAAUGGCCUAACGGUGGCCGAAAUGCUGGCCCAGCUGCCUGCUCGUGACUUCCCACCGCGGGUGUACAGCUUUGGCCGUGGAGGCCAGCUGGUGCCGCAUGGCGCCCACACCUUGACCGUGGGCAUCCUCAACUUGACACCCGACUCCUUUAGCACGGCGCCCGGUGAGCAUCUUGUGGCAUCUGCCGGCACUGGCCUGGACCUCGAUCGGGUCGAGGGGCUGGCCCGCAGCAUGCUCGACCAGGGUGCUCACAUCCUGGACCUUGGGUCUCAGUCUACUCGGCCGGGGGCUGUGGAGAUUCCCGCCGACGUGGAGGCCGAGCGCUUGCUGUCGUCGUGCGUGCGCCUGCGCCAGGCCGGCAUCCGGGCCCCCCUGUCGCUGGACACCUACCGGCCGGCGGUGGCCGAGCGCGUGGUCCGCGGUGUUUGGGCCUUCGAGAGGGAGGCCUUCGAUGCCGGUGGCAUCCUGAUCAACGAUGUGUCCGGUGGCGCCGGUGGGCUGGCCUUGCCAGGCGAGGAGGCCGCCCCCCGCGACCCCGGCGGCAUGUUGCGUUUGUGCGCCAAUCUCAACAUUCCGAUCGUGCUGAUGCACGUUCGUGGCGACACCGCCACCAUGACCAGCGCCGAGAUGAAGGACUACUCGGCCCAGGGCGGCGUGGUUCGCGGGGUGGCCUCCGAGCUGGCGAGUCGCGUCCGUGCAGCCAUCGAGGCCGGUGUUCCCCGGUGGAAUAUCCUGGUGGAUCCGGGCCUUGGCUUUGCCAAAACUCCGGCCGACUCCCUCCGUCUGAUUCGCCAGGUGGCCGACCUCCCUGCCGGCUUGGAGCAUGACCUCCGAGGGAUGCCGGUUUUCGCCGGCCCCUCGCGCAAGGGCUUCCUUGCGUCGGUUGUCCCGCGCGAGCCACAUGAGCGUGUCUUGCUCACUGCCGCCGCCUGCUCGUCUCUGGUGGGUGCACUGCUGGGCCGGUUUGCGGCCGAUCGUGCUGGCGACGCGCGCUACGACGCCGACCGGCCGCUGCUGCUCCGCGUGCACGACGUGGCCGAGUGCGCCGAAGCCACCCGGCUGUCUGAUGCGAUCUGGAGGAGUGCGAAUUGAUGUGGGCAUCACGUGCCGCGCAUAUCCCAUGACCCCACGGGGGUAGAGCAGCGCGCGCGGCCAGCAGCUGGCCGGGUCCUGCGAGUCGACCCAGGCGGCGGUGGGACCCCCGUCUGCGCCUGCGGGGGGCAGGUUGGUGCAUGCGGGCACCCACGCCUGCACCCCUCUCUCGGGGCUGUGCUCCAGGUCCCCCCCCCCCCC